AUGUCGUUCUCGACGGGGAAAGUGCGAAAGCGAAAGUAUCCGGAUUCGUUUUAUUACGUCGUCGCGCCGGAGGCGGACGAGGAGGUCGGGUAUUUGGGCGCGCCGAGCGACUGGCCGACCGGGGAUCGGGUGACGGUGGAUCUGCACACCGGGUGCUCGCCGAUCGACGCUCUGCCGUUCCAGCGUCCCGGGUUUGAUUUCGACACCGUUCAGGCCCGCUUUGUGAGCAAGAAGCUCAGCAUGGAGUUCAUGUUUGAGGACUCGCAGCCGAUGACCAAAGUCGGGUGCGGACAUUUCCGGGCCACGGUAGAGCUCUCGAAAGGAUGGGAGUUUGGGUUCUAUCUUCAUGCGAAUGGCGACGACAGCGACGAGAACACGAUGCUCGACAUCGGGUGCGAAACCGCGGUGCCGGGCGCCAACAACACCAAGUGUCCGGAUUUCGCUUCACCGGCGAUGCUCGCGACUUCGGAGUGCACGGACAAAUUCGUGUGUAAUCAUGGUCUGUACACGUUCUGGAAUCGAAGAUACGAUGGCGAACAAACGUCGUUCCUGUGGGGGGCUUGCGGAAGCGAGUGUCCGCACCAGGACUGCGGCCACAUGUACUGCGCGGCGAACGAGCGCGUGCAGAACCAAGCGUGCGCGUCGUGUCCGCCUGGGACGACGAACGAUGCGGGCGAUAAGAACGUCGGCGCCGAUACGCAGUGUGAUCCGGUCAUCUGCGGAGCGCACAUGCGCGUGCAAGAUCACAACUGCGUGCAGUGCGUCGCCGGUAAGGAGAACGAAGCCGGCGACGACGCCUCACAAAGUAACACCGAGUGCGACGCCGUCAUUUGCGAGCCGAAUCAUCACGUGGCGGGCAAUGUGUGCACGGCGUGUCCCGCCGGUCACGCGCACGCCGGCGGCGACGUGCAGCACGGCCCUGAUACGUCGUGCGACGAAGUGCUUUGCCACACGAACGAGCGCGUUCUCGGCCACCAGUGCGUGGCGUGUCCUCCGGGCUCGACGAACGCCGCCGGCGACGGCGCGGCGAGCGGCGAUACGCAGUGCGACCACACUAUUUGUCCGGCGAACAUGCACGUCGUUGGUCACGUGUGCACGCCGUGUCCACCGGGUAUGAACCACCCAGGUGGCGACGACGCUUUUUUCGGCGACACGUCGUGCAGCGCCAUUCUCUGCCAGUCGAAUCAGCGCGUGCUGGGUCACGCGUGCGUCAGCUGUCCGCCCGGGACGACGAACGAUGCGGACGACGACGCCUCGGGUGGCGACACGCAGUGCGAUCCGGUCAUCUGCGGAGCGCACAUGCGCGUGCAAGAUCACAACUGCGUGCAGUGCGUCGCCGGUAAGGAGAACGAAGCCGGCGACGACGCCUCACAAAGUAACACCGAGUGCGACGCCGUCAUUUGCGAGCCGAAUCAUCACGUGGCGGGCAAUGUGUGCACGGCGUGUCCCGCCGGUCACGCGCACGCCGGCGGCGACGUGCAGCACGGCCCUGAUACGUCGUGCGACGAAGUGCUUUGCCACACGAACGAGCGCGUUCUCGGCCACCAGUGCGUGGCGUGUCCUCCGGGCUCGACGAACGCCGCCGGCGACGGCGCGGCGAGCGGCGAUACGCAGUGCGACCACACUAUUUGUCCGGCGAACACGCACGUCGUUGGUCACGUGUGCACGCCGUGUCCACCGGGUAUGAACCACCCAGGUGGCGACGACGCUUUUUUCGGCGACACGUCGUGCAGCGCCAUUCUCUGCCAGUCGAAUCAGCGCGUGCUGGGUCACGCGUGCGUCAGCUGUCCGCCCGGGACGACGAACGAUGCGGACGACGACGCCUCGGGUGGCGACACGCAGUGUGAUCCGGUCAUCUGCGGAGCGCACAUGCGCGUGCAAGAUCACAACUGCGUGCAGUGCGUCGCCGGUAAGGAGAACGAAGCCGGUGACGACGCCUCACAAAGUAACACCGAGUGCGACGCCGUCAUUUGCGAGCCGAAUCAUCACGUGGCGGGCAAUGUGUGCACGGCGUGUCCCGCCGGUCACGCGCACGCCGGCGGCGACGUGCAGCACGGCCCUGAUACGUCGUGCGACGAAGUGCUUUGCCACACGAACGAGCGCGUUCUCGGCCACCAGUGCGUGGCGUGUCCUCCGGGCUCGACGAACGCCGCCGGCGACGGCGCGGCGAGCGGCGAUACACAGUGCGACCACACUAUUUGUCCGGCGAACACGCACGUCGUUGGUCACGUGUGCACGCCGUGCGCGCCGGGUCGUGACCACCCAGGUGGCGACGAUGCGACUCUCGGCGACACGUCGUGCAGUGCCAUCAUGUGCGGGCCCAACCAGCACGUCGUGAGCCACGCUUGCACGGUGUGUCCAGCAGGAAUGGUUAACGAUGCGAACGACGACGCUUCGGGUGGCGACACGCAUUGCGAUCCGAUACUGUGUCCAUCGAAUCAACGCGUGCAGGGUCAUACGUGUGUGCAAUGUGCGCCCGGGAAGACCAACGCACCCAAUGAUGAUGCCUCUAGGGGCGACACUGAGUGCGAUAUUACGUACUGCGCCGCAAAUCAGCGCGUACAGGGCCAUCAAUGUGUCGCGUGUGCGCCCGGCACGACGAACGAUGCCGGCGAUGACGCCUCGCAAGUCGACACGCAGUGCGCUCCGAUCAUUUGUGGCGCACACAUGCGAGUUCAAAGUCACGCGUGCGUACAGUGCGUCCCGGGUCGCGAGAACCUGGCGGGUGACGACGCCUCCGGCCAAGAUACACCCUGCGAUGAAAUCGUGUGCGAAGAGAACCACAAGGUCGUGAGCCACCAGUGCGUGGCGUGCCCCGCGGGGAAGAUACACACGGCUGGCGAUGUUGCUUCGGGGCCAGACACGUCUUGCGACGCGGUGACGUGUAGCACGAACGAGCGCGUUCAAGGCCACCAGUGCGUGGCGUGUCCGGCCGGCACGACAAACGACGGCGGCGACGACGCGUCGGGUGGCGACACGCAGUGCGAUCCGGUCAUUUGUCCAGCACAAACGCACGUACAAAACCACGUGUGUGAGGUGUGUCCUCCCGGUCAUGCGCACCCAGGUGGUGACGACGCGUCUCAAGGCGACACGCAGUGCGACGCAGUGAUGUGUGGGGCAAAUUAUCACGUGCAAGAUCAUCAUUGCGUGCCAUGUCCAACGGGUAAAGACAAUCAAGCGAACGACAAUGCCGCGGGCGCAGAUACAGAGUGCGACAUCAUCUAUUGUGCUGCCAAUCAACGCGUACAAAACAACGUCUGUACCGCGUGUCCGCCCGGCACAAUUAAUGCAGGCGGUGAUAACGCGUUUGACCAUGAUACCACUUGCGAUACCGUUUAUUGCGGCGUGAAUCAACACGUCUUUGAAAAUGAAUGCGUCCCUUGUCCGGCAGGGAUGGUAAACCCGUCGGGAGACGACGCCACCGGGCCCCGCACGUUUUGCGAGCCAAUCAUCUGCGGCGCGCACAUGCACGUACAGAAUCAUCAGUGCGUGCAAUGUGCUCCAGGUGAUGAAAAUUUGGCUGGCGAUAGUGCCGCGCAACACGAUACCACCUGCGACGAGGUCACUUGUUCUGCGAACGAGCACGUGGUGAGCCACCAAUGCACGGCGUGUCCCGCCGGUCACGCGCACGCUGGCGGCGACGUGCAGCACGGCCCUGAUACGUCGUGCGACGAAGUGCUUUGCCACACGAACGAGCGCGUUCAAGGCCACCAGUGCGUGGCGUGUCCUCCGGGCUCGACGAACGCCGCCGGCGACGGCGCGGCAAGCGGCGAUACGCAGUGCGACCACACUAUUUGUCCGGCGAACACGCACGUCGUCGGUCACGUGUGCACGCCGUGCGCGCCAGGCUACGAACGACUUGCCGGCGACGACGCCACCGGUGGUGAUACGCAAUGCAGUGCUGUCUUGUGCGGCGCAAACAUGCACGUGCAGAAUAAUUUGUGCGCGGCGUGCCCCGCUGGCACGACGAACGCCGCCGGCGACGACGCCUCGCGAGGAAACUCGGAAUGCGAUCACACUAUCUGCGAAGCGCACAUGCGAGUGCAGAGUCAUCAGUGCGUCGCGUGCAUGGAUGGCAAGGAAAAUCUGGCGGGAGACGAUGCCGCUGGGGGGGACACACAAUGCGAUGAAGUCAUCUGCGCUGCCGAUCAUCAUGUAUUAAACCAUCAGUGUGUAUCGUGCCCUUACGGUCACGCGCACGCCGGCGGCGACGUGCAGCACGGCCCUGAUACGUCGUGCGACGAAGUGCUUUGCCACACGAACGAGCGCGUUCUCGGCCACCAGUGCGUGGCGUGUCCUCCGGGCUCAACGAACGCCGCCGGCGACGGCGCGGCGAGCGGCGAUACGCAGUGCGACCACACUAUUUGUCCGGCGAACACGCACGUCGUUGGUCACGUGUGCACGCCGUGCGCGCCGGGUCGUGAACACCCAGCCGGCGACGACGCCACCGGUGGUGAUACGCAAUGCAGCGCCGUGAUGUGCGGAUCCAACAUGCACGUCCAAAACCACGUGUGCACGGCGUGCCCGGCCGGGACGACGAACGCCGCCGGCGACGACGCUUCCGGAGCGAAUACGCAGUGCGACCCAAUCUUGUGUGGCGCGAACCAACACGUCUUGAAUCAUCAGUGCAUGCAGUGCCCGCCCGGCACGCUCAAUGACGCCAGCGAUAGCGCUGCCGGUGGUAAUACGCAGUGCGACGCCGUGCAGUGCGGCUGCAACCAACGCGUGCAGGGCCAUCAAUGUGUCACGUGUGCGCCCGGGACGACGAACGACGCCGGCGAUGACGCCUCACAAGGCGAUACGCAGUGCGAUCCGACCAUCUGCGGCGCGCACAUGCGAGUGCAAGAUCACGCGUGCGUAGCGUGUGUGGACGGUCGAGAGAACCUGGCGGGUGACGACGCCUCACAAGGCAACACGCAGUGCGACGAAAUCGUGUGCGAAGAGAACCACAAGGUCGUGAGCCACCAGUGCGUGGCGUGCCCCGCGGGGAAGAUACACACGGCUGGCGAUAUUGCUUCGGGCCCAGACACGUCUUGCGACGCGGUGACGUGUAGCACGAACGAGCGCGUUCAAGGCCACCAGUGCGUGGCGUGUCCGGCUGGCACGACAAACGACGGCGGCGACGACGCGUCGGGUGGCGACACGCAGUGCGAUAUUACCCGGUGCACGGCGCACAUGCACGUACAAAACCAUGUGUGCGUGCAGUGCCCGGCCGGUAAAGAGAACGUCGCGGGUGAUGACGCCUCUGGAGGUAACACGGAAUGCGACGUCGUGCGAUGCGGUGCCAACCAGCACGUCGUCGACCACGUGUGCACGGCGUGUCCGGCCGGGACGACGAACGAUGAAGGCGACGACGCUUCGGGAGCGAACACGCAGUGCGAUCCCGUCAUCUGUGAAUUGCACAUGCGAGUGCAGAAUCAUCAGUGCGUCGCGUGUGCGCCUGGCAAGGAGAAUCUGGCGGGCGACGACGCCUCGCAAGGUAACACCGAGUGCGACGCCGUCAUUUGUUCUGCGAACGAGCACGUGGUGAGCCACCAAUGCACGGCGUGUCCCGCCGGUCACGCGCACGCCGGCGGCGACGUGCAGCACGGCCCUGAUACGUCGUGCGACGAAGUGCUUUGCCACACGAACGAGCGCGUUCUCGGCCACCAGUGCGUGGCGUGUCCUCCGGGCUCAACGAACGCCGCCGGCGACGGCGCGGCGAGCGGCGAUACGCAGUGCGACCACACUAUUUGCCCUGCGAACACGCACGUCGUCGGUCACGCGUGCACGCCGUGUCCGCCAGGUCAUGAACACCCGGCCGGCGACGACGCCACCGGUGGUGAUACGCAAUGCAGCGCCGUGUCGUGUGGGCCCAACAUGCACGUCCAAAACCACGCGUGCACGGCGUGCCCGGCCGGGACGACGAACGCCGCCGGCGACGACGCUUCUGGAGCGAAUACGCAGUGCGAUGCGACAAUUUGCGCACACAACAAGCAUGUUGUCAACCACGAGUGUGUUCCGUGUCCAGAUGGCCAUGAACACCCAGGCGUCGCUGAUGCUUCUGGCUCCGAUACUUCGUGUGAUGUCACGCUGUGUGGCGCGAACCAACACGUCGUGAAUCAUCAGUGCAUGCAGUGCCCCCCCGGCACGCUCAAUGACGCCAGCGAUAGCGCUGCCGGUGGUAAUACGCAGUGCGACACCGUGCAGUGCGGCGUCAACCAACGCGUGCAGGGCCAUCAAUGUGUCACGUGUGCGCCCGGGACGACGAACGACGCCGGCGAUGACGCCUCACAAGGCGAUACGCAGUGCGAUCCGACCAUCUGCGGCGCGCACAUGCGAGUGCAAGAUCACGCGUGCGUAGCGUGUGUGGACGGUCGAGAGAACCUGGCGGGUGACGACGCCUCACAAGGCAACACGCAGUGCGACGAAAUCGUGUGCGAAGAGAACCACAAGGUCGUGAGCCACCAGUGCGUGGCGUGCCCCGCGGGGAAGAUACACACGGCUGGCGAUAUUGCUUCGGGCCCAGACACGUCUUGCGACGCGGUGACGUGUAGCACGAACGAGCGCGUUCAAGGCCACCAGUGCGUGGCGUGUCCGGCUGGCACGACAAACGACGGCGGCGACGACGCGUCGGGUGGCGACACGCAGUGCGAUAUUACCCGGUGCACGGCGCACAUGCACGUACAAAACCAUGUGUGCGUGCAGUGCCCGGCCGGUAAAGAGAACGUCGCGGGUGAUGACGCCUCUGGAGGUAACACGGAAUGCGACGUCGUGCGAUGCGGUGCCAACCAGCACGUCGUCGACCACGUGUGCACGGCGUGUCCGGCCGGGACGACGAACGAUGAAGGCGACGACGCUUCGGGAGCGAACACGCAGUGCGAUCCCGUCAUCUGUGAAUUGCACAUGCGAGUGCAGAAUCAUCAGUGCGUCGCGUGUGCGCCUGGCAAGGAGAACGAAGCCGGCGACGACGCCUCGCAAGGUAACACCGAGUGCGACGCCGUCAUUUGUUCUGCGAACGAGCACGUGGUGAGCCACCAAUGCACGGCGUGUCCCGCCGGUCACGCGCACGCCGGCGGCGACGUGCAGCACGGCCCUGAUACGUCGUGCGACGAAGUGCUUUGCCACACGAACGAGCGCGUUCUCGGCCACCAGUGCGUGGCGUGUCCUCCGGGCUCAACGAACGCCGCCGGUGACGGCGCGGCGAGCGGCGAUACGCAGUGCGACCACACUAUUUGCCCUGCGAACACGCACGUCGUCGGUCACGCGUGCACGCCGUGUCCGCCAGGUCAUGAACACCCGGCCGGCGACGACGCCACCGGUGGUGAUACGCAAUGCAGCGCCGUGAUGUGCGGAUCCAACAUGCACGUCCAAAACCACGUGUGCACGGCGUGCCCGGCCGGGACGACGAACGCCGCCGGCGACGACGCUUCUGGAGCGAAUACGCAGUGUGAUGUCACGCUGUGCGGCGCGAACCAACACGUCGUGAAUCAUCAGUGCAUGCAGUGCCCGCCCGGCACGCUCAAUGACGCCAGCGAUAGCGCUGCCGGUGGUAAUACGCAGUGCGACGCCGUGCAGUGCGGCUGCAACCAACGCGUGCAGGGCCAUCAAUGUGUCACGUGUGCGCCCGGGACGACGAACGACGCCGGCGAUGACGCCUCACAAGGCGAUACGCAGUGCGAUCCGACCAUCUGCGGCGCGCACAUGCGAGUGCAAGAUCACGCGUGCGUAGCGUGUGUGGACGGUCGAGAGAACCUGGCGGGUGACGACGCCUCACAAGGCAACACGCAGUGCGACGAAAUCGUGUGCGAAGAGAACCACAAGGUCGUGAGCCACCAGUGCGUGGCGUGCCCCGCGGGGAAGAUACACACGGCUGGCGAUAUUGCUUCGGGCCCAGACACGUCUUGCGACGCGGUGACGUGUAGCACGAACGAGCGCGUUCAAGGCCACCAGUGCGUGGCGUGUCCGGCUGGCACGACAAACGACGGCGGCGACGACGCGUCGGGUGGCGACACGCAGUGCGAUAUUACCCGGUGCACGGCGCACAUGCACGUACAAAACCAUGUGUGCGUGCAGUGCCCGGCCGGUAAAGAGAACGUCGCGGGUGAUGACGCCUCUGGAGGUAACACGGAAUGCGACGUCGUGCGAUGCGGUGCCAACCAGCACGUCGUCGACCACGUGUGCACGGCGUGUCCGGCCGGGACGACGAACGAUGAAGGCGACGACGCUUCGGGAGCGAACACGCAGUGCGAUCCCGUCAUCUGUGAAUUGCACAUGCGAGUGCAGAAUCAUCAGUGCGUCGCGUGUGCGCCUGGCAAGGAGAACGAAGCCGGCGACGACGCCUCGCAAGGUAACACCGAGUGCGACGCCGUCAUUUGUUCUGCGAACGAGCACGUGGUGAGCCACCAAUGCACGGCGUGUCCCGCCGGUCACGCGCACGCUGGCGGCGACGUGCAGCACGGCCCUGAUACGUCGUGCGACGAAGUGCUGUGCCACACGAACGAGCGCGUUCUCGGCCACCAGUGCGUGGCGUGUCCUCCGGGCUCAACGAACGCCGCCGGCGACGGCGCGGCGAGCGGCGAUACGCAGUGCGACCACACCAUUUGCCCUGCGAACACGCACGUCGUCGGUCACGCGUGCACGCCGUGUCCGCCAGGUCAUGAACACCCGGCCGGCGACGACGCCACCGGUGGUGAUACGCAAUGCAGCGCCGUGUCGUGCGGGCCCAACAUGCACGUCCAAAACCACGUGUGCACGGCGUGCCCGGCCGGGACGUGGAACGAUGAAGGCGAUGACGCUUCCGGUGCGAACACGCAGUGCGAUCCGGUCAUCUGUGAAGUGCACAUGCGAGUGCACGAUCACGCGUGCGUUGCGUGUGCGCCUGGCAAGGAGAACGAAGCCGGCGACGACGCCUCGCAAGGUAACACCGAGUGCGACGCCGUCAUUUGCGAGCCGAAUCAUCACGUGGCGGGCAAUGUGUGCACGGCGUGUCCCGCCGGUCACGCGCACGCCGGCGGCGACGUGCAGCACGGCCCUGAUACGUCGUGCGACGAAGUGCUUUGCCACACGAACGAGCGCGUUCAAGACCACCAGUGCGUGGCGUGUCCUCCGGGCUCGACGAACGCCGCCGGCGACGGCGUGGCAAGCGGCAAUACGCAGUGCGACAGCACUAUUUGCGGGGCGAACAGGUACGUAUCAAACCAUGUGUGCGUGCUUUGCCCUUACCAACACUAUCGCGCCGCCGGCGACGACGCCACCGGUCCCGACACGGCAUGUAUACGAUAUUACGGUCUCGGAUAGAUGUUUAAUUU